AAUGUCAUUUUAAUUCCUGCAUGUGAUGUGUUUAUACUCAUAAUUUUUCGUUAAAUAUUUAUGUAAAUAAUUAUUUUUUAUAGAUAAUUUAGUAUUAUUUUGAAGAAAAUGUCGUUAAAUAAAAAGCCUAUGCGAUAUGCGCAUCCAGAAGGCCACACCGACGUCUGUUAUUUUUCCGGAGAAAAAGGUGGUCUUAUUACAUGUGGUUCUGAUGGAGAUGUUAGAUCCUGGCUCAGUUUAAUGGACGAUGAUCCUGCGACAAAUUGUGUUUCAGAACAAUCGACAACUGUUAUUUCAAAGAAUGGUAAAAUAUAUGUUGGCAAUGAUAAUAAUACAGUUCAGAUACUUAGCUAUCCAGAACUUGAAAAAGAAGGAAUCGUUACGAGAUUUGGAGCAACUAUUUCAGCUUUAGCUACAACGAAAAAUAGUAAACUCAUUGCGUCCGGUGCAUGCGAUAUGCAAAUUCAUGUGACAAAUAUAGAUACUUUGGAAACGACAGUAUUGUCUGGUCACGAUGCUCCAAUAUUAGGUUUAUCUUUAGAUCCAAAAGAAGAGUUCGUAGCCUCUUCAAGUGCCGAUGGAACAAUUCGAGUUUGGAAUAUAAAAGAAAAACGAAGUGUUCACACAUGGAAUAAUGUAGUUCCAAAAUGUAAUUCAUUUUUAACAGCAAAAAUAUAUUGUGUACCUUCAUUUAAUUGUAAUAAUGGCGAUUUUCUCGCAUAUCCCCAUGGGAAAGAUGUCAUUGUCGUUGAACGAUCAACUUGGAAAGAGGCUUUCAGGCUCAAAUGUCCAGAUCUUAAAACCGAAAUAAGUAUAUGUAAAUUUUCCGAAUGCGGUACACGUAUAGCAGCUAGUUCAUUUUAUGGUGAAAUAAUUGUAUGGGAUUUGGAUAAUAAAGGUGUUUUAGGAUACAUUGAUCAUCAGCAAAAUGCGAAAAUCACUUCAUUUUGUUGGUAUCCAGAUAAACCAAAGGAAAUUGCCUUUUGUGAUGCAUUGGGUCAAUUGGGUUGCAUUGAAGUGCUAAGUGCUGGAACAGAUCAAUUAAAUAGUUUGACAUCGAGUGAUGCAAUAAAUGGAAAUGACUAUGAGAAUAAUUUAGAAUUUGCCAACGAUUAUAAUGACGAUGAUGACGAUGAGGACAAUGAAAAUGUGAUAUCAUUGAAUAAAAUUAAAUCAUCAGUUAAUCUUGAUCCAGAUCAAAAAAGUGUCACUGAUCUUUUAAGCGAGAGAGUUGCUGAAGAAACUAAAAAAUUAUUGCCAGUUAUUAAUUUACAAGAACCAUUUCAACCGAGUUCAACACCGGAACAUUUACUCUCACGUUACAUGGUAUGGAAUGACGUAGGAAUUGUAAUGUGUUAUACCGUGGAAGAUGGUGAAGAAUCAUCAAGUAUAGAAGUGCAAUUUCACGAUACAUCAGUUCAUCAUUCAAUACGAAUUAGCAAUUAUUUGCAUCAUACAAUGGCAGCACUUUCUACUGAAGCACUUGCUAUGUGUUGCACUUCCAGCGAAGAAACAUCAAGUAAACUCGUUGUCGUUGUAUUACAAGGUUGGGGUUCAGGAAACAAAGAAUGGUCCAUCGAUCUUCCAGAAGGCGAAGAAGCCCAAUGUGUUGCAGUUGGUACAACUUUUGUAGCCGUUGGCACCGAUAGAAGAAAUCUUCGAAUUUUCAUGAUUGGAGGAACACAACGCGAAAUAAUUGCAAUUCCUGGACCAAUUGUUGCUAUGAAUGGCUUCAAUAAUCAUCUUUUAGUAACAUAUCACACGGGAAUUGGUGCAUCUGACGAUCAACAUAUGAAUAUGCUGUGGAUUAAAAUAAUUGGACAAAAUUUACGAAGUCAAAAAUUAGAAGUACCAUUGUCACCAGCAUCGAAAUUAAUGUGGCUCGGUUUGUCUGACCUUCAUUCUCCAACGAUAAUGGAUACCGAGGGUGUCGUUAAAAUGUACGACAAAAAAUCUUCAAUGUGGAUGGUGGCAUGCGAUACAGACAGACAGCCAAAGGGUAAAAUGGAUAAUUUUUUCAUAACUGGAAUUAGUGAAUCCGAAAGAAUCAUAAGAUGUAUUCUUUGUAAAGGAAGUUAUUAUCCCCCAACAAAUCCAAGACCAAUUGUUCAAGAAAUACCAAUAAUUAUACCAUUAUGUGAACCUGACACAGAAAAAUCAGAGAAAGAAGCUAAAGUAUGGCAAAUUGGAAGUCUUCCCGAGGAAGAAAACGAAGCUGUUCUUAUGCUUAUUGCGCUCGCAUGUCGCAGUAAAGUGGAAUUCCGUGCUGUUGAAUUAUGUCAACAAAUUGCUUCACCAAAAGUAAUAGAUUUGGCCAUCAAGUACGCGGCACGUAAUGGUAAAAUGGCUCUCGCCAAUAAAUUAGAAUCAAUAGGUGAUAAUAAAAUUCAAGAGCAAGCAAAACAAGAGCUUGAAAAGGCUGAAAAUGAUAAAAUGACAAAUGAAAUUGUUGUUGAAGAAGAAGAAGAAGAAGAACCAAUAUUACCAGUUCUUAUGAAAAAACCCGAAAUUGAAAUUCGUCCAUUAACUUAUAGUCAAGGAAUGAUGAAAAGAAAUCCAUUUAAAAAAACAAAAAAACCACCAGAAGUAACUGGUUUAUUAGCGCUUGAUACACGUGAUGAGCCAAAAAAAUUACCAAUAACAUCGCCAAUAUUACAGAAAAUAAAAAAGCCAUCAAUAAAAACAAAAGAGAAACUUCCAACAAAAAAAGAGAGUUAUGUGAAAUGGUACGUUAGAAAUAAAAAGAAAUUAGAGGAAGAAUUUCCUGGUAUGAAUGCAACAGAAUUAACAGCAAAAUGUUUAGAAAAAUAUCGAAAUAUGCCGGAUGAUGUGGAUUCAACGAAAGACGAUAAUGAGGAGACGAAAAAAAGAAAAUUAAGUGAAACCGAUGAAACAAUGCCCGUAAGUGAAGCAAAAAAAUCCACUUCUAGUAAACUAGCUGCUUUUGCGCGCAAAGACGAGAAUUAAUUUUACAAAUUAGAAAAUUAAUUUUUUAAAACUUAAUUUUAAUUCUCAGAUGACUUUUGUUUUUAUGAAAUAAGGGUAAAAAAAAAACGAUAUAUUAAAUAUAAUAUUAUUCUUUA